AUGGUUCGCAUGAAACAGCGGCGUGACCGAGGUCCUGCCGAAAGGGCUUACGACCGUGACAUUUUCGGUUGGAAUAUAUUCGUGUCAGAGCCGGAUCUACCACGCCUGAGGCAUAGAACAGGCAGCUGGUGGUACACUCCGGAUCGAAACUCCGUGAAGCAUCCGCACGAGUACAUUACGGUCGACGAGUUAACCAGCCAUCGGAAGCGUCACUUUUCACAAGCCAACGCUAAACAUCUGACGAGCAGCUUUUCGCUGUACAACAAAUCGGAACCCUCGCUGCCAUCGGCCGUCGUUCGCCGGACGGAGUACACCGAACGGUUCCAGCGCCAAAGCAUAGCCCACGAACGAACCCAGCCAUUGCGACGAAGCAGCUCACUGCACAUUGAACCAGGCACCAUGAAGGGACUGUCGGAAAACCAUGCCAAGUUCGUGUGCUACUCGCAGGACGCGAUCGUCAAAUCACGGCCACCAGCGGUGCGACCAGAGGAGAGCUUUAAGCUGCCGGAGGGCGGUCGCAAGGGCAAUGGGCUCGCAGACGCGUCUUCCGAGUACAAGUCAUCCUUCCUGCCGUACGAUUUUUUACCGAAAAGCAUGGAAGCACGCCACCGGAACCUGCACCGCAGCGAGAAGGACAAACGGGACGAUCUGAGUGCGUCCGACUCGAAGCUACACAACAAGGAGCAGCUGGCCCGUAGUAACCUAAGACUGACUGGCGAGGCGACGUUCGAACCGGAGUACAAGAGCCAGUUCGGUCAGCCACUGACCGCAGACAAAUCCCGCUCGACACCGCAACUGAACAACAUUACCUUCACCGGUAACUUCCAGGACGCUCCGUCCGAGUACAAGGAGUGCUACAAGUACUACGACCACUUCACCAAGAGCGCCCCGAUCCGGAAGUUCGACAACCUGAGCCUGCACGGAACGAUCGAGUUUCGGCCCGAGUACAAAGAGAGCUACCGGGAACUACCGACGGGUGGCGCCAGUGACCAGUGGCGAUCGCAGUGUGUCGUGCGGAAGGACAAUCUAUCGCUGAACGGAGAAUUCCUCGGGAGGGAGCCGGAAUAUAGUUUCAGCUUUCGCCAUCCCCACAUGAAGUGCAAACCGGAGAAGGCCAAACCGAAGGAUAAUUUUCUUGCCAUGCAGGGUGAUAUGGACUACACACCGAUGUAUCGCUGCUCCUACGUCGACUAUCCCCGCAGGCGGCCACUGUUGAAGAAGCCAGUCUGUAGCAUCAAUCUGGAGGACGUCUACGAAAAGCCGCCUCAACGGCGCACCGGCCGCAGAACACCGUCCCCGAUCAAGUACAAUGUGCAUGCCGCCAACGCACCCGAUGGCAAGGAGGGCUUUGAUAAGUUCGUCUCCCAUCCAGAGUAUCGUAAGGCACAGCGCGAGCUGAUGAUAAAGAAGCGUACACCGCCGAAGGAGCGGGGCAGCUUGCUGGCGCAGAAAAUUCUGCAAGACAGCCAGCUUAGCACCUCUGGCGGUCACCUGCAACCACCACUGCCUACCGUGCAGGUUGAGAAGGUGGGCAGUAGCAACAAUGCGACGACCACGAGCACCGCGGAACCAACGUCGUCCGGCGAUGGAUCGAAAGGGCCCGUAACAGCGGCCAGAAUGCCAGUAGGCACCACAGGCAGCCCGGUGCAUUUGCCGGUGCGAAUUGCAAAGCACGGUCGCCGCGCCAAGUCGCCCAUCAUUGCCAUCCAGCGUGAAAACGAACCCAUCGUUUUCUAUAAGGAUCUCCACCGAAAGGCAGAACAGAAGCGCAACCGAACCAAGGUGAUAGAGGGGAAUCCGGUCUACCGGAAGGCGUAUCAACAGCAACCGGCUCGACCCACCCGAAAGCAGCAACCGGGGACAAACGUAGGCAAAGCAAGCACCGGAACGCAAUCGUUUGUCGUACUGAAUGCUCCGACCAAGCAUCGUACCAGUCGGUGGGCAGAGCCGGCCACAAUAUACGAUUCCCAUUUCUACUAA